UACGUAGCACUGGAGCAGGACGUAAUAAGGAUGUGUCCAAGCAACACUGUGAAGAAAAGACGUCUUCUUUAUUUUAGCUGCCUGCUUACAAAUAACCGAAGCUAAAAUCCUGUCAAAAGGACAAACGCUGAACGUCUGCAGUAACGGAGGUUAUUUAGUUCCAGGAGCUGUCGGCGGUGACCAGCGUUAUAUUCUACAUACACAGUGGCAGGUGAAAGUAGCAAUGCCUGAAAAACAUGUCUCACAAAGAAGAUAAUGAAGGGAAGAGGAGCUCUCACCACACUGAAUUGUACACCAGCAUCCCUCGAACAUGUCUCCCCAUUGUCUACCACCCAGACUACAACAUCACCUUCAUGGGCCUUGAAAAGCUCCAUCCAUUUGAUGCAGGGAAGUGGGGGAAAGUCAUUCACUUCUUGAAAGAGGAGCACUUCAUCACUGAUGGAAACAUCGUGGAAGCCCGGGAAGCUACUGAAGAGGAUCUGCUGGUGGUUCACACCAAACGCUACCUCAACAGAUUAAAGAACCAAAUCUUGGAGGGCUCUAGAGAGUGGUCUCUGGUGGUGGCAACGAUCACAGAAAUCCCACCCCUCCUGUUUCUGCCUAAUUUCCUGGUGCAGCGGAAAGUGUUGAGGCCUUUGCGGACACAGACUGGAGGAACAAUAAUGGCAGGGAAACUAGCUGUUGACCGAGGAUGGGCUAUAAACGUAGGAGGAGGCUUCCACCACUGCUCCAGCGACAGGGGAGGAGGCUUUUGUGCCUUCGCCGACAUCACUCUGGCCAUCAAGUUUCUGUUUGAGAGAGUGGAAGGCAUCUCCAGGGCUACCAUCAUCGAUCUGGAUGCUCAUCAGGGGAAUGGACACGAGCGUGAUUUCUUGGACGACAGACGAGUGUUCAUCAUGGAUGUGUAUAAUCGCUACAUAUAUCCUGGGGACGGAUAUGCCAAAAGAGCCAUAAAGAGAAAGGUGGAGCUGGACUGGGGCACUGAAGACUCUGAGUACCUUCAGAAAGUAGAGCUCCACUGUGACGGAGCGCUGAACGAGGUCCAACCUGACAUCAUUGUCUACAACGCGGGGACGGACAUCCUGGAUGGGGACCCGCUUGGAGGACUCUCUAUAUCACCACAGGGCAUUGUAAAUAGAGAUGAGAUUGUGUUCAGGGCUGCGACGCGACGGGGCAUCCCCAUACUCAUGGUAACAUCUGGGGGAUACCAGAAGAAAACCGCCCGCAUCAUCGCCGACUCCAUCCUCAACUUGCACCGGCAGGGCCUGAUUGGAGCAGAGGCUCUGGAGGGGGAGGGAUCAUCAUCACUGGUGACCAGCAUGAUGUGCAGCUCUGGGUCUGUUGGAUCGACAUUCACUGCUGUAUGAGUAGGGUUAGGUAUUGUUUAUUUAACCGAUACCGGUGCUAAAACGAUACUUUUCAAACGGCGCCAGUGCCUAAACCCUGAACCGAUACUUACUAGACGGCAAAACGACAGUCGCCGACACUAAAGAACGGCUUGUUUAUUGCUAAAGCCAUAUGGUCAAAUUUAAGUGAUUUAUUGAAAAUUUAAUAACUUAUUUUAACCAGUGAAUUGCUGUUAAAUGACAAAAAAGGAACCACUAGAUGGUAGAAGAGUACUUUACCACAGCAUUGAAUGCACCAUGAGCUUACAAGUUGCAAUUGAAUGCACCAUUAAAGGUGCUGUAGGUAGGAUUGCGAAGAUCCAGGACAAAAAAUUUGAACAUCGACAACUUCUCAGUCCCUCCCCCCCUUUCUGCUAAAGCCCAAAACGGUCUCCUAAGCCCCUC